CAUCGGUUUUGGCUCCCCUCAACUUUUCUUUGUUUUGACGCAGCUGUCUGCACUAUGAGGAAGUCUAUCCCCACUUAGAAAGGGAGAAGGACUUAGGUUGUCAGACUAACCCUUGAUGAGCUUAAUUCCUUUUCCCUUAUGUCCAGCAGCUACGAUGAAUACAGUUUUAAUCGUAUAAACAUCCUUAUGGGCAGCAGGGGACAGAAAGCAUCUGAAGAUGGACAGCAGAGUCUCACUGGACCGCCAUCUGGACACUGUGCCACACCUGGGGAUCUCCUGGACCAGGAUGCCUCCUCCUCUACACCCACGUUCAUGUACGUGUUGGCAUUUUUCUCUGCCCUGGGAGGGUUCCUCUUCGGGUAUGACACCGGGGUGGUCUCCGGGGCCAUGCUGCUCCUUAAGAAGGAGAUGAACCUGACCACUCUGUGGCAGGAGGUGCUGGUUUCCAGUACUGUCGGGGCUGCUGCCCUCGCUGCCCUGAGCGGGGGCUUCUUGAAUGGGUGGCUCGGACGAAGGAUCUGCAUCCUUUUGGCCAGUUUCAUCUUCAGCAUCGGUGGCGUCAUCCUGAGCAUUGCUCCUGAUAAAGAGGUGCUGCUUGUGGGCAGAAUUGUAGUUGGUUUGGGCAUAGGCAUCGCCUCCAUGACAGUUCCUGUAUACAUCGCUGAAGUUUCCCCCCCUCACCAGAGAGGUCAGCUUGUCACCAUCAACUCGCUCUUCAUCACUGGUGGUCAGUUUAUAGCCAGUGUGGUCGAUGGAGCGUUCAGCUACAUGAGACACGGCGGCUGGAGGUACAUGCUGGGUUUGUCAGUUGUCCCGGCUGUGCUGCAGUUUGUGGGCUUCUUGUUCUUGCCCGAAAGCCCCCGCUGGCUCCUCCAAAAGGGCCGGAGCCAAGAGGCCCGACAAGUUCUCGGUCGAAUCCGAGGAAACCAGGGCGUUGACGAGGAGUACGACCACAUCAAAGCCAGCAUCGAGGAGGAAGGGAAAGAGGCUGGCGGAGGAGGCCUUGUUAUUAUGAAGAUCCUCCACCACGGUCCGACUCGCAGGGCCCUCGUAGUUGGCUGUGGCCUCCAGAUGUUCCAGCAGCUGUCCGGGAUAAACACCGUCAUGUACUACAGUGCCACCAUUCUGCAGAUGGGAGGGGUGCGGGAUGUGAAACAGGCGAUCUGGUUGGCUGCUGCAACUUCUGCGACUAACUUUGUGUUCACCAUGCUUGGAGUCUGGCUCGUGGAGAGAGUGGGCCGCAGGAAGCUGACCCUGGGCAGCCUUAUCGGUACUGGUCUGAGUCUGACCCUGUUGGCCAUCGGGUUCUUGCUUUCUGCUCAAAGUUCUCCCCCCGUCACCCUCCACCCAGCCGAUCCUCAAAACUCAACCUGCAGACUUUAUGGGUCCUGUGAGCGCUGCAUGCUGGAUCCAGACUGUGGAUUUUGUUUUCAAGAAAACGGCACCAGAGUGUUCGACUCCUCCUGCGUCCCUGUCAAUGAAGCGUCCAAAGAACACGGCGCCUGGGGAAGGUGUUCCAACCAGACAGAGGAGGCUGACAGUCCAAUCUGGGCCUACAACUACUGUCCAACAUCGUACUCCUGGAUCAUCCUGCUGGGCCUCAUUCUCUACCUUGCAUUCUUUGCUCCAGGUAUGGGUUCCAUGCCUUGGACGGUGAACUCGGAGAUCUUCCCGCUGUGGGCACGCAGCACGGGGAACGCCUGUUCAGCCGGGGUCAACUGGAUCUUCAACGUGCUGGUGUCUCUGACCUUUCUUCACAUCGCAGAGUUCCUCACAUAUUACGGGGCGUUCUUCUUGUACUCGGGCCUGGUGGUGUUGGCUCUCCUCUUCGUCUACGGCUGCCUCCCGGAGACGAAGGGCCUGCAGCUGGAGGACAUUGAGAACCUGUUCAUGGGUCCGCUCUGCACAUGUGGCGCCUCCUCACCCAACGACCGCCGCCAAGUCCACUACAUCCGGCACACUGCAGAACUCAGCCAAUCACAGUAUGGAUCGAUGGAGUCAGACAGUGUGUCCUAUGUGACUGUAAGUACAGAGUUAAGGUGCCAAGUGUGCGUCUAUAUUUUUGUAACUAUGCGUCCACAGUUCUUAAUGUGACUUUUAUAUUUUUCAUGUCCUUUUUUUCCCAGCUAAGAAACGAUGACCCCUGAACAACUUUAUGCAGAGCACCGAUGUUAAAUGUUAUGAACUGAGUGUCGGUCUGAUAUCAAACAUCCCUCCGGUACCAGGAUGAGGAUUAAAACAUAUUUAUACAUAUAAUUUGGGGAAAACUGACAUUUUGGUAACUUUGGCUAACAUAGCGCUCUCUAUUAGCCCUGCACUUUAAAUGAUUGAUGAUUAUUAACUUGAAAACUGUUACUGAUGCUUUGGAGAGGUUAUUAAAUGAUGGUACUGGA